AUGAGGAAAGCUUUGGAGAAACUGCGAGCAAUGAGUGAGAAGAAUCUGCAGGCUGGUUACGAGGCCAAUGAUGCAAGUCCCAGAAGAUGGAGGAGGCAGGCCCUGGACAGUGGCACUUCUCUGAAGUUGUCCCUGACGUCGAACAGCACCGGUGGAAAACAUCUGGCGGCUGAGCGGUCCAUCAGGACGAAGUGUUAUCUCGGCAAUAAGAGGCUGUGCGCGGACAGCGGGCCGUCCUGCGGGAAAUCGGAAGCUGGGUCACAAACACACCGCUCGCGCGGCGCUGCUUCCAACCGCUUCCUCCGCUCAGAAGAGUGGGAAACGCCGCCGGACGGGAGGAACAAACGAGGAUUCAGUGUCCGAUCCUUUGGAACAGGGACUCAUGUGAAACUGCCAGGACCAGCACCGGACAAGCCGAAUGUUUAUGAUUUCAAAACAACAUAUGAUCAGAUGUACAAUGAUCUGCUUAGGAAAGACAAAGAACUAUACACACAGAAUGGGAUUUUACACAUGUUGGACAGAAAUAAGAGAAUCAAGCCACGACCAGAAAGAUUCCAGAACUGCAAAGAUGUUUUUGAUUUGAUCCUAACGUGUGAAGAAAGAGUCUAUGAUCAAGUAGUAGAAGAUUUAAAUUCCAGAGAGCAGGAGACAUGUCAGCCAGUACAUGUGAUCAAUGUGGACAUUCAGGAUAACCAUGAGGAGGCAACCCUGGGUGCUUUCCUUAUCUGUGAGCUCUGCCAGUGUAUACAGCACACAGAAGACAUGGAAAAUGAAAUAGAUGAGCUGUUACAGGAAUUUGAAGAGAAAAGUGGAAGGACUUUUCUUCAUACUGUCUGCUUUUAUUAAAGCACAUCUGUCUCUUAGGCCUUAAUACAGAUGAGGGAAGCAUGUGUUUAAAGUUCUGCUUAUACUGUAUUUUCCUGGAAAACGAAUAUUGAUUUUUUUGUUUGUUUGUUUGUUUAAAAACUCCUUUGUAGUGUCUUUUUGUUUUGUUUCAGGUAUUCUGUCACAGGUAGGCAGAGAUACUGGUUGGGGUUGUACAUAUGAGAUGAUUAAAGUAUGCACAAAGGCCACCUAUUUAAAAAUGAAAAUCAAGAUUUUCUUUAAAUCCUACUUUAAUUAUUGCAAGUAGGUUUUUAAUUAUAAAGAGAAUGUUUCUUGAAUAUAAGUUUAUAAUGUAUUUUUCCAGCUUACAAAUUUAUUUUAUUUCAGUUGUGCUUUUUUUUAUUUUAAUGUGACAGAAUGGCUGAACUACGUGAGGAUAUGAAUGGAACAAUAAAAAACGAGUAUCUGUAUAUUAUUAGAUAUAAAGUUGGAAGCAUCCAAUAAAAAUGAAAAACCUGUAAGUUUGUCUGUUAAGUAAGUGUGAUUGUGCUCCGUGAGGUAAAACGCAAGAGAUCUGAAGUAGCACAAGAAUGCUCAUUCAUCCAAAGUGGCUUGGAGAGGGUAGUGACAGCAAGAUGAUCUUGAUGGGAAUCAAAAGACCUGAACUGCGUCCCUUGUUCAGAGAGGCUGUGUGUUUGGGCAGCUUCGUAAUGAUUUUUGAUCCUGUGCUGAACUAAAGUGAACUGCUUUCUCUGCAUGAAUUAGGGCACUGCCAGGAAAUCUUCUGGGGUCUCAGUUGCUUUUGAAUUACCGCCUGUGAGAUUAAUAAGACUGUGAGGCUGUAACUGCAGCAGUCAGGGCCAAUUACAUAUGUGUCUUCUAUAAGGAGGAUGGGGAGAAAUGGCAAACUCCACUGUCAAUGGAAAUAGUUUAAAGCUUUUUUUUUAACUGAAAUAUCUUUUGAAUAGAAGCAUUCUCCUCCCAUAUAGCAAUAAUAAACAUGCUUGUCACAGCUCAAAAUCCAGAAACUGAGUAUGCGUAUACAAACAGAGCAAAAGCUCAGACUUCUCUUUGUUCAAACUGAUAAAAGUGAAAACAAACCAAUUUAUUAGACGUUCAAAAUGUGAAUGGUAAAGUGCUGCUGCUUACAGGCAAGAGAAGAUCUUAAAAGUUGUUAAAAGAACCUGUAAAUGAUUUGGAGCAAAUGAGGUCUGUGUGCUCCUUAAUGCGUGGAUAUGUGAGGACAACUUUUUAAACAUGUUAAAAGUGAAGUAGUAUGAAAUGGGGUUUGAGUUCCUGGCUUCUUUCUCUCAUUCUAUCACUGACCUCUGACAGCUUACACGAAUCACCUAGUUUUCCUUAACUUCAAUCAUUUUGCACAUGCAGCAAGUUAGUGCCAAGUACUUUGUCUCAAUUUAGGGCAGUGUUUAUCCAUCUUCGCAGACAACUUUGGCUGUGUAUGUAGUAAGUCAUAUGGCAAUGCUACUUAACCUCUUUCAGUGAACACACUCGCAUGUAUUAAAAGGCAUCUGCUCCACACCUCAAAACUGCAAGUCCAUAUCUGAAAAUGCUUCUUUGCAGUUGCAAGUCUUGAAGUCUGUUGAGUCAGGCCCCUCUUUCUACUCCUGGGAUCUGGGGGUUGGCUGUGGUUUCAACUGCCUUGUGGGAAAACUUAGACCUCUGCCAGCUCAAUCUGUGUCCUGGAUGAUGUCCAAAUGGGUCAUUGCAUCAUACUCGGGUCUCAGGAAUGUUUAUUAUCCCUGAAUUACCUGUGCUGUUUUUCUUGUCUGUUAAAAAUACUUAAAGCAAAAAUUUUGUGGAGAAUGAAUGAAUAGAUCGGAACAAUUAGGGGAUGGGGACUUCAAGCAGCAGUUGUGAUAGGGUUUGCAGAGUGUAUCUUUUCUGAUUGGCUUGUCCUGUCCCAUUUUGUUUCUGGAGACUCUGUAUUUGAAGGAUUUCAUUCAGCCUCCUCUGCUUCUGCUCAUUUGUCUGUCUUCUACCAUCGCUUGUUACCAUGGGGAUGUUUACAGCCAAAGGAAGAAGAGGAUUCUGUAAGGACUGAACUGCUUUAGUUGAUAUCUUUAAAAAGACAUUUCAAGCAAGCACGGUACUGAGUAUUUUGAGCAGAGUUUUCCUUCCCUAUACAGUAUCAGUGAAACUUGGAGAGUGUUUGAAAACGUUUUCUACUUCCAACUUAAUUCAUCCUAAGCAGAGCUCUUUGUUGUUGUUUUACAGAAAGGCAGUAAAAACCCAAACAGAAUGUUUUAACCCAUGUUUUGUGUGUAUGUGAAGAUUUACAGAAGUGUCCUUUUUUACAUAAAGAUUAUACGUCUUGUGUGCA